CAGUCUGUGAGAUCGAGCUGUCUGUCCGAGGACCACCAAUCGUCCACGAGCGGCUUGUUCUUCAGGGCGUUGGCCUUGCACUGGUGCUCGCCGCGUCCGAUACCAUCGCAGGUCCUGCGAUGCACCUCCGUCAGGUCGAGGUUGCCGUCGGCUCCUCUGGCCGUCCCGUCCAAUCUUUUACGAAAGGCCGUCACGUAAAUUCUGCACGCUUCACACGGCGGCAACUUGGCCGCUUUGCUGGCCGCCUCUUCGUCCUUUCUAGUGGCGCAAUGCGACGGCACCGCAAGUGCCAACACACAAAGGGCAAAGGUCACUGAUUUCAUAAUCAUUUUGAGCACAGAUAACAAUUUUAGAACGAUUAUAUUGCAAAUUAUGUCAGUGGCUCUGCGGGUACCGAAACGAAACUAGCACCAAAAUACCCCCUGUAGCCGUUUCCCAGCUGACAGGGUUGUUUUUGAGUUCAAGGUUCAAAGUUCAAAAUGAAAACCGGUAUUUAUUUUGAAAUCUAGAAGUUUUUUACUGAAGGAACUCGUAUUUAAUACAGGAAAAACUUGAAAUAAUCAGACAAAAUUUAAUUAUAACGCAUAUACUUUACUUUUGCUGAUAAUUUUAAUUUUACAUUUUAUUUCAUCAAAAUGCAAAAGUAAUAUAACCGGUUAGUUCAUUUUCCUGUUAAUUGUCAUAAGAUGGGGCGUGGUCGCUACUCGCUGUGUAUGAAAGAAAACAAAUUUAGAGCGGCACUUUCAACCCCUCGAAUUCCAAAAUAAUUAAGCCAACUUUGUUUUACUGGCAGCAAUUUAAGAAAAAUUGUGGAUUAAACUUGCAAAGUUAAAAAUGUCAGCAAAGAGCUUGCCUCCGGAACAACAAAACCUACUUGAUAUGGCCAUAAAUUCUUCAAAAAAGCGAUUUGAAGAACAGGAAAGGGACAAAAAUACAGUCAUAUUUGCAGGAACAAAAGGCGGUGGAAAAUCAACAUUGAUUAAUAUUUUGCUGGAUCGGAACGAACUGACAAAACCUACACUGGCAAUGGAUUAUUGUUUUGGCCGCCGAUCUGGCCGUUCACUGUGGAGUGAGGUUUGCCACAUAUUCGAGCUGGGUGGUGGUACCAUGUACACAGAUCUCCUCACAGCACCGAUAUCAACCGCUAACUUGGCGCACUUGACGUUAGUUUUGGUUCUGGAUUUGUCGAGGCCUAGUGAGAUUUGGGACACCAUGGAAAACAUUACAACUACGGUCAGGUCCUUGGUAAUGACAGCAGCUCAGACCGAGAACAAAGCAAGCCAGUUGAAGGAUAUGGCCAAAUUGAGAUUAGGAGAAAAUUGUGUGGAUGAGCCAUUUAUUGAACCAUUUCCAAUACCUUUGGUGAUUGUAGGUGUUAAAUAUGACAUUUUCCAAGACUUUGAAACUGAAAAGAAGAAGGUAAUUUGUCGCUGUCUAAGAUUUGCUGCUCUUUCUCUUGGUGCCUCGUUGUAUUUUAGCACCACCAAGGAUAGUGCAGUUGUGAAACGAAUUAAAGAAGAUUUGCUCCACAAGUCCUUUGAUUCACAUGCGUCAAAAAAUGUUUGCCAGGAUGUAUCUAAACCUCUUGCUAUUCCCUGUGGAAUCGACACUGUGCAGCUGAUCGGAGGACCAGGAACGACUGUGACUUUCAAAAACUCUGCAAUUGCUAUUUCUCGGUGGAAGCAAACAUGUUUGGCACUUUAUCCAUCUGACAACUCGGCACCGGUAUCUUUGGAUGUCGACCCAGCUAAGGACCCUAACUACUUGGAACCAGACGUCGAUCAACUCCGAGAGCAAAAAGAUCAGGAACUUAACAAGUACAGGCUGCAUAUGGCUAAUGAAAGAGGGAAAAAUCAGAAGAAGAAAUUGUGAGAAAAAAAACAUUGUGAAAUGAAAUUUGUUUCGUCUGUAAUCUGUAAAAGUGUAAAGUGAUCUCAUUUAUAUAUUUAUUAUUAAAUUUAGUUACAGGAAAAAAGAAAGAAAGAUGAUUGCAUAUUCUAAAUUCUUGAUUUCAAAAGUUUAAAUAAAUUACACAAUACUAUUGUGGAGCUAAAAAUU